UCCGGCGGGAGGGUUGGUCUGAGGCGGAGGCGACGGGAAGCUUUCUCUCUCUCUCUGACUCACUCCCUGGAGCCGGCUUCGGGAGACCCCUGGCCCGCGAGCCCCGCUGCCAUGGCGACACCGUUCCAUCCAGGGACGCUCGAGCCGGGCGUUGAGAGGUGGCACGAGCUGAAAGGCUGCGGGGCGCGCGCCCUCCCGAGGCCGAGCCGCAAGCGCCGGGGAGCCGUGAGGAAACGGGCAUUCGCCCUCUUUAUCAAUUCACGACAAGUACCUAAAGUUGGCAGUACCUCACCACAAGAAUUGGGUAGGCCAAAUGUUCAUUGGGAAUGCUGUGGGCAGCAGUUUGAAAAAGUGGAGGACAUUCACAAGCAUGUGGCCAGUGAACAUAUGCCUGAGGUUAUACAACAGACUGAAGCUAUUUUCAAGAUGUUUGCCCAAAAUAACAAGUUGACAACAGUACCUGGUUCUUCAGAUCACAAUGUUGUAUCACCACAGCACAGUGGAACUAAAAAAGAAUUUGACAUAUCCAAGUGGUUGCCUGAUACAAGUCACAUAAAUUUUGAUGAGCUAACGUGUGUAGCAGGCGAAGUGCUGUUAUAUUACUCGUAUUGUGAUAUCGAGGAACCACAACUGAUCUGCACCUGGCAAAAAGCCCUUUGUCAUCAGUUGCACUUAACAGGCAAGGUCCGUAUUUCCAAAGAAGGCAUUAAUGGAACAGUUGGUGGAUGCAAGAGAGCAACUGAGCAGUACAUUGAAGCUAUGCUUUCCCAUCCACAAUUUCAAGCUAUGUCUGCAGAGGACUUUAAGCGGAGUGCAGGAGGAUCCCAUUGUUUCCAAGACCUCCGAGUUGGAGUUUAUAAAGAGGUUGUUCCCAUGGGAAUAGAUCCUGCGAAGAUUUCUUAUAAAGAUGCUGGAAUUCAUUUAACUCCCGAAGAGUUUCACAGAAAACUAGAAGCAUUGUAUAACAAUACCCAGAUUCGAAAAGACACCAUUCUCUUGGACUGCAGGAAUUUCUAUGAGAGUAAAAUUGGAAAUUUUCAACACUGCAUUGCGCCUAAUAUCCGGAAAUUCAGCUACUUUCCAGAUUACAUAGAUACAAAUUUGGAAUGUUUCAAGGACAAGCAGGUCCUUAUGUAUUGUACAGGAGGAAUCCGCUGUGAACGAGGCUCAGCCUAUCUCAGGUCAAAGGCUGUGUGCAAGGAAGUUUACCAGCUCAAGGGUGGAAUUCACAAAUAUCUUGAACAAUUUCCAAGUGGUUUCUACAGGGGAAAAUUGUUUGUUUUUGACAAUCGUUAUGCCAUCUUUGCCAGUGAUGACAUUAUUUCAGAAUGCAGCUAUUGUGGUGUCCCAUGGGAUGAAUACAGACUCUGCAGUACCUCUUAUUGCUGUCAGCUUGUUUUAUCUUGUGUUCAGUGUCGAAAAAAAGGCCUUCUAGCCUGUUGUACAGUGUGCCAAGAAAAGGAAAACUCAACAUCUGAAACACAUUCAGGCCGCCCUAGAAAAGAGGAAUGUGAAUGUACUGAAAAACGGGUGCGGAUUCCUGUCAUGCUUCCACAUUAACUUUUUAAACCCAGAAAUAGAGAGAUCAGGUUUGAAAGUAUAAGGAUUUGCAUUUACGUAGUGAUUUUCAAAACCUAGGACAUUUCAAAGUACUUGAGUACUUUUAAAGUUGAGUCACUAUGGUAAUGUAGGAAAUACGUUGCCAGUUUACACAUAGCAAGAUCCUGCAUGCAGUGUGUAAAUGACCAGAUAAUCUGUUCAGAGCUCUGAUUUGAGGUGUAUGAUUUAUUUUAAUUACCUUUUAAUAGUUCUAUUUUAAACACUGAUUUACAGUGAUCAGGCAGUGCCUGUGGAGAGAAUCAAUGUUACUGUUUCACAUCAAAGAUCUUGCAUUGGAACUGAGUUUUUAGUCAUGAAUGCUCAUUGGCUUAAAAUAUUAACUCUCUUUCUAUCCAGAGAUGCUGCCUGGCCUGCUGAGUUUUUUCCAGCUUUUAUUUUUGUUUUUAUUUCAGAUCUCCAGAAUUGGCAAUAUUUUGCUUUUGAUUUAUCGUGGCGUUAGUUCAUCUACAUGCUGCUUACAGCCUAAAUAUUACAUUGAUAAAUAACCAAUUCUGAAUAAUAAUUUUA